AUGAUUCGUACCGAAUCUGUUUGGGAAAUAUUGUGCUAUGAAAGAAAGCGUCUCAAGCAGGACAUGACUAGUUACGAUGUGGCCUUGCAGAACUUGUUUAUUGGACAAACAGUCUUUGCUCGCUACAACAACAGAAUGUAUCGCAUAAAUCGUAUCAAUUACGAUCAGACACCGUACUCGGAAUUUACACUUGCUGAUGGAAACGUCACUUCUUUGAAAGGAUACUUCGAGAAACUGUGUAAUUUUGUGAUUCGCGAAGACCAUCAACCAAUUUUGGUCAGCGAAGUCAAAGCCAAACAAGCCGGUGAAGCGUCGAUGGUAGUUUACCUGAUACCCGAGCUUGUCUAUCGUACAGGACUUACCAGCGAAAUGAGGCACGAUUUUCGUUGUAUGAAGGAGCUUUCCGCUUAUAUACGUCUGGACCCGCAAAGUAGAAGUCAGACAACGACACGCCUGCUAGAGAAGAUUAUUGGAAAUGAGUGGGACAUUGUCCUUAACAAGGACCUCGACUUUCCAUCGAGAGAGCUGGAAGCGGGAAGACUGUAUGGAGCCGAUCCUCAAGGUUAUGCG